AGAAGGUCUCCCCUCUCCCCCCCUCCUCCAGCGGCGCCUCUCUGCCAGCUUCCUCUCCUCCCUCUUCACUUCGCCUCCCACUCAAGCACCCUCUCGUGGCGCCAAUGUUCAAAUUCUCCGGCCUCCUCUCCCUGGCCCUCAUGAGCUUGAUUGCUCUGAGCCAGGUCUCGGCCCGCAUCGUUCCCUUUGAUGUGGCUCGCGAGUUCUCCGUCUGCUAUGGCAACCCCAGCUUCUGGGUUCAGCGCACUGGUGCCAUUGCCAUCGGUUCCGACAUCAGCCUUGUGAACAACGCCAACUACAUUGGCCUCGCCUCCGGCUCGCGUGCCUGCCGUCACUUCACUCGCUCGAGCCACGAUGACUCGACCGUCCCAAUGAUCGUCUCCUUCGAGGAGCCCCAGAUGAGCGCCGCGCGCGUCCUGGCCGAUGAGUCCUCUGUCAUCUUCCUCAACGACGAAAACACCCUCGCCUACGUCGAGGCCACCUCCGCUGGCCUCCGCGACCUCGAGUCCCACCCGGACCUGGCCCAGCGCAUGGUCAUCGCCGCCAAUGAUGUCAACCUGGCCGAGACCAAGCACCGUCUCUCGCGCCGCACGCCGGUCACCACCGCCACCGAGGCUCGCCAGGAGGACAACAGCGCCAAGGAGAAGCUCUUGAACGGCAUCCGCACCAACGACUACUCCCGCCUCCUGGCUUCCAUCUCCGGUGAGAUCCCGCUCAUCCACAAGGGCCAGCAGUUCAACAUCACCACCCGCUACAUUGGUACUCCCGAGUCGGAGAUUGUGUCGGACUACUUCGUUGAUGUUUUUGAGCUCCUUGGCUAUCAGUCGAUCGUUCAGCCCUUCACCUUCAACGGCAUCGAGACGCACAAUGUCAUCGCCAUCAAGCCUGGCACUGGCCCCAACCGCAAUGAGGUCGUGGUUUUCGGUGCCCACAUGGAUAGCACCUCGCCGAAGCCCACCACCAUCGCCCCUGGCGCCAUCGACAAUGGCUCCGGCACGGCGGCCGUCAUGCUGGCUGCCCAGGCCAUGGCCAAUGUCAAGACCGACCGGACCGUGCACUUUGUCCUUUUCGGUGCCGAGGAGCACGGCCUCAUCGGCUCCCGGUACUAUGUCAGCCAGCUGUCCGAGGCCGGUGUGCCAGGCGACUCGGCCGGCGAGCAGACCGUCACCAAGGCCCUGGUCAUGGACAUGAUUGGCUACUCGGACAAGUACUUCGGUGUCCUCAUCGAGGGUACCCCGGACGCGGACAUCCAGGACCUCAUGUCGGUCAUGGCGCAGAAUGUCGAGCAGCAUGCGCCGGAGCUCUCGUACGAGAAGAGCGACUACUCCUUCGGCUCGGACCAUGUGCCCUUCCAGAAUGCUGGCAUCCCCUGCUUCCUGGCCAUUGAGCUCGAUCAGACCGACUACCCUGGUUACCACAAGACCUCGGACACCGUGUUCUACCUCAACGCCCCGCAGGCGGUCGGCAUCACCCGUGCCCAGGUCGGCACCCUCUAUGAUCUGGUCAUGUAGAUGAGGUCUCUCCUCGCUCACCUCCUCCCUCUCUCACCUACGCUUAGCUGGCCACGUGUCUCCCCUUGCCGCGUGCGCAUGUAAAAUAUACUAGACUUGCUUCAACAAACA